AUGGGAGCAGACAACAUUCUACGCUUUAAAGGUAGGGUGUGCGUGCCUGAAGGGCCUUUAUUCAGGAGGCAAAUUCUGAAGGAGGUCCAUCAGAGUCAUCUUAGCAUACAUCCAGGUAUGACUAAGAUGUAUAAGGAUUUGAAGGAGUCUUUCUGGUGGAACGGAAUGAAGACGGAUGUUGCAGAUUUUGUGGCUCAAUGUUUGGUAUGUCAAAAGGCCAAAAUUGAAUACCAAAGGCCGGGAGAUCACAUGGGAAAUUGGAAUGAUGUGCUACCCUUGGUGGAGUUCACAUACAAUAACAGUUACCACUCUAAUAUUGGCAUGGCGCCCUAUGAAGCAUUGUAUGGAAGAAGGUGUAGAACUACAUUGUGCUGGUAUCAGGAUGGUGAACCCUUUGUCCUUGGUCCUGAAUUUCUACAACAAACAACUAGCAUGGUCAGAUUAAUUCAGGAUCGGAUGAGAGCCACUCAGAGUAGGCAAAAGUCUUAUGCUGAUAAGAGGAGACGAUCGCUUGAGUUUGAUGAAGGAGACCGUGUAUUCCUCUAG